GUGGAAGUCUGCCCAAUCUCCAACCAGGUGUUAAAAUUGGUAAAUGAUAUGCGAAACCAUCCAGCAGCUGCUCUGAUGUCAGAGAACCACCCACUGGUCAUCAGCUCUGAUGACCCUGCCAUUUUUGGUGCCUCAGGCCUCUCUUAUGACUUCUAUGAAGCUUUUGUGGGCUUUGGUGGGCUUAGAUCCCACUUAGGCUCCCUCAAAGAGUUGGCCAUAAACUCUAUAAGGUACAGUUCUUUGACUCCAAAGCAACAGGAGACAGCUUUGGCUCUGUGGCAGAGACGAUGGGAUAAAUUUGUCUCAGAGAAUGCCUUUUAGAAGGAAAACCAACCAAAGUAUUUUUUAAAACAAUUUCUUAAGGACAGUUGUAAAAUUACUUCAUGCUUUCUUGAGAAAGGAAUACCUUCUGGCAUAGGGGAAUUAUGAAUGGAAAUGGAAAAUGUAAACAGUGCUGCACGGGGGGAUGGGAGCAGGUGUUAAAAGCUGUUUGAUUUCUCUUUUUAAAGUGUUUGUGCUUGUAAGUGUGUAAUAGGUAGUUUGUUGAAAUGGAUGUUAAAUCCUGUGGACCUCUUGGAGGACGCAGUAGAUUUGUUUUUUGGUUGGUUUUUUUUUUUUUACAUUGUUUUACUGUUUUUUUCCUUACUUGAAUGUAAUUUCAUGGAAAUAUAAAGGCGCACAGCCAUGGCCUUCGCACAUGCAGGCACAUUUUACAAAAUCUGUGACAAAACUGCAAAAGAAACAGUAUAUAAUGUUUGCCUUUGGCUAUUUUUGAAGCGUUUGCCAAGAUUCCUGUGAGCAUUUAAAUAUUUUGAACUGUGUGAACUGAAUUUGACAUAAAUAAAAACAACUGCUGAUUUAC